ACACACACUCCAAGCCCACUGGUUCAGCCGUUACAGCUGAUUCCCCCGCUCUCUUUACUCCCCCAAAGUCUCAGCCGCCGCCACCCUCACCAACCAACUUACCAAAGAUCUUCAUUUUCCUCUCAACUCUCUGCGUAACCAAACAAGGUGCACACUUUCUUUCUCUCCCCCUCGUCUUCUCUCAUUUUCCCGGCGUUUUCCUAUCCUGUAUAGCGUUCUUAUUAUAAUCAGUUAGCUGCGGCAAUAAUUUGUCGACUUUUCUCCGAGUUUUUCGUCGAGGGAGAUAUGGCGAGUUGUUUACUGAGUUUCGGAGUGUCAAAUGUCGUGAGUCCGUCGAACGCGGUGGUUCUGCGGAAGAUUUGGGGUCAGAGUAUGUUUGUGCAGAGCUUUGGCUUUAGGAGGGUGGUAAAGGAGGUUGCUUUGCCAAUGUUAGUUCGAAAUAAUAGGAGUAAACAUCAGGGCCUCGUGGUUGAGGUGAAAAUGUCAGAACACCGUGGCGAAUCGCAAUCUGGUGUGGCCGUUUCGAAAGAGGGAGUCAAUAUCGAUAGUGCCAGUGGUGUAGGUAAGGGUAUUGCGAUCUUGGAGAGUGGGAACGAAGCGAGAACUUAUAGCGGCGGGAGUGAUGGGGAUGUGCUUAGUGGCAGUGGUGGAAAUGGGGGAUUAUUUAAUGGUGGAAGUAGAGGCGGAGGUGGAGGCGGAGGCGGAGGUGGCGGUGAUGAAGAUGGAAAUGACAAAGAAGAAGAGGAGUUUGGGCCAGUUUUGAAGUUUGAGGAGGUGAUGAAGGAGACGGAGGCUCGGGGGGCGAGUCUUCCUUCGGAUAUGUUAGAGGCUGCGAAGAGCGUCGGGCUCCGUAAAGUGCUUCUCCUUAGAUAUUUGGAUUUUCAGGGUUCAGUCUGGCCUCUGGGCUUUCUCAUGAAGUCAUGCUCUAUGCUUCGAAAUCGAAUGUUGGCUGAUCCAUCCUUUCUCUUUAAAGUUGGAACAGAGAUUGUCAUUGAUUUUUGUUGUGCCACUUUUGCGGAAGUUCAAAAGAGAGGCAAAGACUUUUGGGCAGAAUUUGAGUUGUAUGUUGCAGAUCUCAUGGUUGGGUUGGUGGUUUGUGUUGCUUUGGUUGGUAUGAUGGCACCUUAUGCUCGUAUUGGGGGACCAACUAUAUCUAAGGGCUUUCUUGGGCGAAUGAAGCAUGCUUAUGGAGCUCUUCCUAGCAGUGUAUUUGAAGCUGAAAGGCCAGGAUGUAGAUUUACCUUAGAACAGAGAAUUGCUGCAUACUUUUAUAAGAGUAUCCUGUAUGGAUCGGUUGGGUUUGGUUGUGGCAUUAUUGGCCAAGGCAUUGCAAAUUUGAUCAUGACUGUCAAGCGGAGCAUAAAGAAAUCAGAAGAAGACAUUCCCGUGCCACCACUUUUGAAGAGUGCGGUUCUUUGGGGUGUAUUUCUUGCAGUUUCUUCCAACACCCGCUAUCAGAUCAUAAAUGGACUGGAAUGUUUGGUAGAACGAUCGGCUAUUGCAAAGCAGGUUCCAUCCGUCGCCAUGGCUUUCACAGUUGGUGUGCGAUUUGCCAACAAUGUAUAUGGAGGGAUGCAAUUUGUGGACUGGGCUAGAUGGAGUGGGGUGCAAUAAGUGUUUGUGUUUCUUAUUUUCCAUAGGAUCUCUUCUAACAACCUAAAUGGGGGGAUGGGGGGACUUAAAAUAAUAUGAUGCAUGGAAGUCUUCUGAUCCAUUGGAUGGUUUUUUAUUGUGACAUUUAAGAAGUUUAGAAUAUUAGUACGAUUUUCUUCUUGAUGGAAUAAAAUUAAUUCAUGAAA